GCUUCAUUCUCCGCCGUCCAAAUUCAUUCAUUAGCCACAAUACAGUCCAACCAUACCAGAUUUCUCCGCCUGUAUUUAUAUUUAUAUAAAUAAAAAAAAUCAAGGGUUUUGCUCAUUCUUGGUUCUUGCCGCCGUUGAUCAUUGAUUCAAGAUGCUGCUGCGAAGCUCCUCUACUCCGAUUCUUGGAUCGCUUCUUCCAGACACCGCCACAAACCACCACCACCACCCAUCGGAAAUUGUAACCCCAACCCACCAUCAUCAAUUCAAGAAAUUCCUUUGUACCAAUCAUACUGGAUCUCGCAAGUUUUCCUGCAAUUCAUCACCGAACUCACCCUCACCAUCAGUUUCCGAUAUUUCCAGUAGAGGGUUUAGGAAAGUACUGUCAGAUGGGAACUUGGAAAGGUUGGCCGUGAAUGAUGAUCAUCACCAGAUUCCCCCCUGCAAUGUUAUUGAUGAAUUCACACUUGCCCUCCCGAUUAAGAAAUUUUCCCGGAUUGGAUUGGAGACCAUCCCAUCUUUCUCAUUCCGUCGUUCAAGAAGUGCCAAUGGGGAUGAAGAGAUCGAGGAAGUAGUUGAAGAAGGAGAAGAAGAAGACGAAGAUGAAGAAGAAGACAUUGGUGGUGCUAAGCAUGGGUUAAAGGUGGAGAUGGGUCUUAAGGUUGCAGAAGAGAGAACUCAAAAGGUUGAAGCAGGGAGAGAAAUGUGUGGUGUUAGAGGAAAUGGGGUGGCCGAGGGAGGAUCCGGUUGUGAUUGUGGUGGUGGCUGUGGUGGCGGUGGCGGUGGACAAAGGCCGGUGGACUUUUACCGGGGAGGAGGUGACAACAACCAUGGAUUCAGUUUAGAAGAACAUUACAAGAAGAUGAUGGAGGAAAAUCCAAGUAACCCUUUAUUCUUGAGGAAUUAUGCUCAAUUCUUGUAUCAAACAAAGGGAGAUUUUGAAGGAGCAGAAGAGUAUUACUCAAGGGCAAUUUUGGCUGAUCCAAACGAUGGUGAAGUUCUUUCACAGUAUGCUAAAUUGGUGUGGGAGCUUCAUCAUGAUGCUGAAAGAGCCACCACCUAUUUUCAAUGUGCAGUUCAAGCUGCUUCUCAAGACAGCAACGUCCAUGCUGCAUAUGCAAAGUUUCUUUGGGAGGUAGAUGACGAUGAGGAUGAUGAAGAAAAUGAUGAAGAACAAACUGCUACUAAUAAUAGAGCAUAUCAGCCGAAAGUAUUCCAGCCAGGACCAGUGCCUUCUGCAACUGCUUGUUAAGUGAUAGUGUCUUCUUGUUUCUUUUGAAUAAAUAAAUUAAAUACCCCUAGGGUUUCCUAGGAGACAGAAAAUGCUAAAUUUUGUAUAGUUCCCAUUCUUAUAUUAAUUAAUAUUAGUAGAAAGCAUCUUUGUCAUUUUUGACAAACCAAUCAGAUAACGUAUAUAAUGAUUACUCGUAUUAGUUAAUACCUGAUAGCUCAACUAAUCCUCUUAGACACU